AUGGGCAGAGAACAGAUCGUGUCGAGUAAAAGCCCUCGCAAAGAUGCCAUCGCCUACGUGAAAAACAAUGGCCAGCACACGCUGGAGGUCGACAAAUUCAUCGAAGCCGGUCGACCCAGCGGUGGAGACGGACACGCCGCCUACGCGACACACUAUACCUCGAAUGGCAGAGAACAGUUUGCCCCCGCCAUGAAAGGGGUGACAGGCCGAGUCGUCGAAACAGGGGAAUCGUUCUAUAUCCGCGACGACUACGACUUUGCGAACCCCACCGAGGAGGGGAAAGGGUACCACGUCAAUGUGCAGCUGGGGAAAGAGACCAGAGCGUAUGUGUCGGGGAGGAAUAGCCAGGCGGAGUACUUUGAUCGUACGAACAUGACGGGGGAGAGGGUUCAUUUUGAUGGGCCGGAGAAGGCGGCGAAGUGGUAUCUCCAGGGUCAUUCUGGGUGAUAUACGCCCUGAAUGCUUCGAAGAUCAGAUAUUCUGUCUUGAGAGUCUUUAUAUCUAGGUAGGAUUGAGUUUCGGGG